CCUAAAUGGAAACCGAAACAAAACUCUACACAGUUUUUUUUAUUCGCUCAUCGUGAUCGUGAUUGGUACCAAAAUUUCGAAACCCUACCUUAAGCCAUAAGGUAUCUCGAAUAUGGUGAAGCGCUCCAAUGACCCCAAUGAGAAGCGUUCUCGGACAAGAAGAAGGUUGAAUGCUGUCGGUGAUGGUGAUGGUGAUGCUGCUCAAGGCACCUCAAAAGUUAGGAAUGGGCGAGUGCAAUUGGGUACCAAAUUUGCUACUCUUCUUCGAGUCAAGGAGUCUACAAGGCAACGGAAGCGGAAGCGGAGGGAAAUUACUACCUCCGUAGAGGUCCAAGAGUGUAGGCACCGGGUCAAAGAGUAUAGGCAGCUAAGGGGAAUUUCUGUUUCAAGCAGCAAUGUUCCAAAACCCAUCAGGACUUUGGGUCGCACUCCGUUUCCAGAACAUGUUAAGGAUGAAUUUUCAAAAGCUAGAUUCGUCAGGCCUACACCAAUUCAAGCUCAAGCAUGGCCAGUGGCUUUGGAGGGCCGUGAUUUCAUUGGUAUUGCUCCACCAGGAUCCGGGAAGACGCUAGCGUAUCUCUUGCCUGCAAUUGUCCAUGUAAAAUCCCAGAAAAGACUAUCUUGUGGAGAUGGCCCAAUAGUAUUGAUUUUAGCUCCAACCGAAGAGCGUGCUCGUCAAAUCCAACAAGAGUGUACUAAAUUUGCUGCAGCACACAUUUUAGCCUUACUCGACAGUGAAAUGGAUUGUUAUAAAAAUUCUCUUGUGGCAUGUGGCGUUGGAAUUUUAAUUGACACACCUGAGGCCGUGCUUCAUGAGUUAGAGUCGUGUCAUACAAACUUGCAAAGAGUCACAUACCUUGUGGUGGAUGGUGCUGAUUGGAUGCUAGCAGAAGAAGACGUAGCAGAAGAAGGCGAGGACUGUAAGGUUCUAGUACGAGAAGUUCUUUCUCAGAUUCCCCCAGACUGUCAAAAAUUGUUCUGGGGUAGUAGCUGGCUGGAGGAGGCUGAUGAACUUGCCAGGCCAUUCCUUCGCGACGCAAUCAAAGUUGAAAUAGGUUCUCCAGUUCUGAAAGCUCCACAUCCAAUAGACCAAAUUGUUGACAUCGUUGCUGAAGAUCAGAAAUAUGACAAAUUGGUAGGCUUGCUAGGUGAUAUCGCGGAUGGCAGCAGAAGACUGAUAUUCAUUGAUAUACAUAAAGGAUGUGAAUCAUGUAGUCUCCUUGCUCAGAAGCUUUCCAAUGAAGGUUAUGCAGUCUCGGUUCAUGAAAACGUAUUCCAAUCAGAAAGGGUCCAGAUUAUCUCUGGGUUUCAAGGUGACUAUAUCCCCAUAAUGAUUGCAACUGAUGUUGCUGCUCGUGAUCCAGUUCUGAAGAAUGUGAAAUAUGUUAUCAAUUACGACUUUCCGGGAUCCAUUGAUGAUUAUGUUUACCGCAUUGUCCUUGCUGAGCCAAAAGGAACAGCAUACACGUUCUUUACAACUGCUAAUGCUAGGUGCGCAAAGGAACUUACCAUCUUACUUGAGGAAGCUGGACAGAAGGUUAGUCCUGAAUUGGCAGCACUGGCGCGUGAUGUACGAUAUCCAGGUAGCUGCAUACCUGGAAUGCCUCUCGGAAUAGAUAGCAAUUUGAUUGGGAAGGUUACAGUUGGGCAUUACGCUACAAUAUAUCGGCAUUGUCCCGAGAUGAAAAGUUAUGCCAGUUUCGCUGUGGACACAGUAAAAAAAAAAAAGGGGUUAAAACUGAUCAACUCAGAUCCGAAUUUGUCAAAGCUGAUGGUCUACUUCUUACGUUAGCAUGUUCUGUUUUACUGAGUAAUCUUUGAUGG